UCGGCAGCGCCUCUGAGGAGCCGCCGCGAGCCCCGGGGGAGAACCGGGAAGGGCCGGCGAGAAGCGGGGCCCAUCGAGCCGAGCGGAGCCGGCCGCGCCGCGGGGUUAUGAGGGCGGGCGCCGCCGCCUCCCCGUGAGGAGCCGCGGGCGCGGGGAGCGCGCGAGGCCACCCCGCCACAGGAAGCCAUUUUGUGGGCCCCCUCCUCCUCCUCCUCGCUCUCGUCCUCUUCCUCCUCCUCGUCCUCCGCCGUCGCCGCCGCCCUCGGGAGCGGCCGGGCCCGGUGAAGGAGGCGGCGAGGAGGGGCGGCGGCGGCCGCCGCGCCCUCCCCCAUGGCGAAGAAAACCUACGACCUGCUCUUCAAGCUGCUGCUCAUCGGGGACUCGGGGGUCGGCAAGACCUGCGUCCUCUUCCGCUUCUCCGACGAUGCCUUCAACACCACCUUCAUCUCCACCAUUGGGAUAGACUUCAAGAUUAAAACUGUUGAAUUGCAAGGAAAGAAGAUCAAGCUACAGAUCUGGGACACGGCGGGGCAGGAGCGGUUCCACACCAUCACCACCUCCUACUACCGAGGGGCCAUGGGCAUCAUGCUGGUGUACGACAUCACCAACGCCAAGAGCUUCGAGAACAUCAGCAAGUGGCUCAGGAACAUCGACGAGCACGCCAACGAGGAUGUGGAGAGGAUGCUGUUAGGAAACAAGUGUGACAUGGAAGAUAAAAGAGUUGUCCCUAAAGCAAAAGGUGAACAGAUUGCCAGGGAGCACGGUAUUAGGUUUUUUGAAACUAGUGCAAAAGCAAAUAUAAACAUUGAGAAGGCAUUCCUCACAUUAGCAGAAGACAUUCUUCGAAAGACCCCUGUAAAAGAGCCCAACAGUGAAAAUGUAGAUAUCAGCAGUGGUGGUGGGGUGACGGGCUGGAAGAGCAAGUGCUGCUGAACCUUCUCCUGCCUCACCAAUCGCCAUCCACCCCUUUUUUCUCGCUGCAAAACAAACCACUCUGCCCGUUUUUUAACCUCAAACCAAUGGUUUUGUUCCUCAUCUUAACGAGCUCCUGCCUCCCCUUGGUUUUCCAGCUAGGACAGCUUUGCCUACUCCAGUUUUCUCAACACAUGUAUAGGAAAUCCAUCUCUGUGACUUCAUUUCCAUGUCCCUGCUCAACUCACCACUACGUUUGGGUUGUAUUAUAGUCCCGUCCCUCCUGCCAUUAAACCCCAGAGCAAUCAUACUCAACUCUCUUCUGCAAAUUGUAUAAGAAUAAAGGUUAGAAUUAACAAUUGA